UUGUAGCGGGCAGCAAUGGGCGCGCGAUCACAUCGAAUUCUUGCGCGUGACGGAGCUGUCAUGGCCCCCUGUGUCCUGUCGAAGCACGCCCUUGCACAGACAAGCCCGGGUUUGGCUCAAGAGAUGCGUUGUUGAUGCUUCCGCCUUCAAUUUGGCGGCUCUCCUUGCCUGCUUCGACCUCUCCUGGCCCCCAUCUCCCCAACUUCUGGGGCAGCCUGCCACAUAUAAAAAGUCCGUCUCAUUCGGACAGCGAACAGCGUUCGACGCCAGCGUUUCGAAUCCUCACUCUCACUCGCUCCUUGUUCGUAUCCUCCCAUCUCCUUGUCCUUCUCCCGUCGUGCCAGCCACCCUCGUUCACGUUGUCCAAGAACGAACGGACUUAUACAACACCGCAAACCUCCAGUUCCCCUAACACAACACACCCCAGAGCUCCCUCACCUAUUAACCACACCGGCCUCCUCCCAAGUCCACCCUUCGCCGGCUUGGCCCUCCCCCAUGGGCAUGGACAUGGGCAUGGACAUGGACAUGGACCCCCCCGGCGGAACUCACAAGCCCUCAGACGAGAGGACAGCGCUCUUCGUCGCCGCCGCCCAGCGCGCACAGCAGCGGCGAGAGCAGCACACGACCGACACGCGCCAGGCCGUGCACGAGUACACCGCCGCGGCGGCGCGCAAGAUCCGGGAGGCGCUCGGUCCGAGCGCGAGCGGGCUGGGGGUGGGGCUGGCGCCGGUGCUUGUCGCCGAGACUGAUGCGGAGGCGGAGGCGGAGGCGGAGGCGGAGGCGGAGGCGGAGGUUGGUCUACCGGUGCAGGCAGGCGCAGAGGCAGCGACAGGUGCUGCGGCAACCGGGGCAGCCGGGGCAACCGGGGAAACCGGGGAAACGGUCGUCAUGCCUUGCCGUCCUAAGACUAAAGCGAGAAGAUGAAGUUAAAGGGCGGCGGGGUGGAGAGGUCAACGGGGGUUGUCUGUCUGUUUGCGAGGUGGGCAGGGAAGCAAGACGAUCCAGGGGAAAGCCCUGGUUAUCUGGUUGGGUUUAAGUCACACUGAAGCCUUCCGUGACGCAG